AUGUUCUUUUCACGUUUAACACCACAUACAGUGGCAUCGCUUUAAGGCACAACAAUUUAACAGCUUAAUCCAGCAAAGGACUCCAGUGGUUUAGCAAUAGCAAAUAUAUGCUUCAGCGAAGGCGUUCAUUAUUGGGAAAUCGUAUGCCCUUUUAAUACAGAAGGAGUGAAAGUAAGGCGUAGUCCUAAUUGCAGAUUGGCAUAUCCAAAUAGUAAUCUCCAAGCGAAAAUUUUGAGGGACACCUAUUCGAAUUUAAAACGACAACGCAGAGAGUGGUGGGUGUGCUUCUUAAUUUCAACGAGCAAUCACUGUAAUUCUACUUGAAUGGCAAUCUGAGCACCAACAAAGGUAUACCAAAGGGCAGUCUGAUAUCAUGUCCUUGGUACCCUUGUGUUAGACUAUCACAAUAUGGGAAUUCUGUGCAUUUGACAAUGAAGUAUGAGGAUCGCAGUGUAGUAGAGCAAUUAGAACAAGUUUAGCUUUAGACUUAGUAAAUGUAGCAUCCAAAUGCCUCUUUUAUAAUCAAUAAGUAUAGAUAAUAUGAUAUAGAUAGAAAUGAAAUUCAUUAAUUGCAAGAUCGAUUAGUGUUGGUUCGAAAUUGUCCUUUGGUUGGUUAACAAAUUAAUAAAUCAGAGUUAGAUGUACUUAUAAAGAUGAAGUUGGUGAUGUGUAAUUAUCAAAAGGACAAUGAGAUAGUAUAUUUAAUUUUGGAUGAGGAAACAUCUAAGAAACUUAAAAGGUUAAGGCAGUAUUUAAAACAUCAUGUGAGAAAAUUAAAAGAGAAAUUUGAGAGUAAACCUUAAGAGAAGGAGAAUGAUUAAUUAUUGCAAGAAAUAACAUAGAUGUUACCAAUUAAUGAGGAGAUUAUUUAAGAAGAAAAAAAGGAUGAAUUUUAAUACAAAUAUUCUAUAGAAUAAUGCAGAAUAGCUGAGAGAAUAAUAGUAUAAUUGAUAGAACAAUUUGAAGAUAUUAGAAGUAUAGAAUCUGCAAAGAUGAGAUUAUAAACAUUUGGAGAUCAUCCUGCUACUGAAGAUCCAUUUAAUGUUGUUGAAUAUGGAAAAUAUUUACAACCAGGUUUAGGAGUUAAAUAUGCAUAUUGUGAUGAUGAAAUAAACAAAAAUGGAACAAAAUAUUCAAAAUUAAUAUUAAGAAGUGAGAUAAUAGCUAAAGGUGAUAUAAUAUAAUGCAAAAGUGAUCGAUAUUUCUCUUUAAGAAAUUAAGAUUAAAUAACAAUAUAUAAUGGAGAAGCAUAAUUAUUUAAAGUUAUUGAUGUAGAUUUGAGAUAAUUGGGACCUUAUCAAAAAAAUAAGAAGAAAAUUGAAAUUUAAUCAGAAGAAACACCUAGUCACAUAUAUAAAAUAUUAGAAAGUUAUAUAACUGGUGAAACUGAAUAAUUACCAUUAUAUGAUUAAAAUUUACUUGAGAAAUUAAUUGCUAUGGGUUUUGAAGAAUCAACAUGUAAAGAAGCUCUUAUUUAAACUAAUAAUAAUUUUGAUAAUGCACUUGAUAUUGUAAGUAGUACUAUUGGAGAAUGGUAAUGUGCAAUCUGUACUUUAGUAAAUAAAGAAUCUAAUCUAAAUUGUGAAGCUUGUAAUGCUCAAAAACCAGAUGAAUAAAUUGAAUAAUUUGUUAUAAAAUAACCAUAAUAAAAUUAAUAAGAUUUAAUUGAAGUAGAUGAAAAUGAAGAAAUUAAUUAAGAUAUUAAAGAUAAAAUUAUUGAAAGUACUAUUGAUUAUGUGACAGUAAUUCAUUGGAAUAGUAAUAAUACAACAUUCCCAAUUCUAGUUGCAAGUAUACAUAAUAAAAAUGUAUUCUCUGUUAAAUUCAUAUCAUAUUCUUAAGAUUAUUUGGAUCAAUUUUUUAUUAAUGAUGAUGGAUAUUAUUGUGUAUUAACAAAUUGUUGGAGUAAAAAUAAAGAUUAUUCAUUAUUAUUGUAAUCAGAAACAAGUAGAUAAAUUGUUGAAACUUUGGCUCCUUUAUAUAGUCAACAUUGUAAGAAAUUAGAAAUGAUUAAAGCUGAUCAUAAGGCUAUUCAAAUAGAACAUGAUAUUAAAGCUAUUAAUAAUGCUAUUUGGAAUAAUAGACUUUAUGUUUUUUUAAUUGGUGAUUAAGCAUUAAGCAUUUAUGAAAUUACUUAAAACUCAAAAAUUGAAUUUUAAAAAUAGAUAUCCAUUGGAUUCAAUUAUAAUUUACUCAUUUCUAAAACUAAAUGCCUUAUUUAUAGUCAUUCUAAAAAUUUUAUUAUUGAUUCUCAAUUGAAUGUCUCGGAAAUUUAAGAUCCCAUUUCUAAUGCUUAUAUUAAAGAUAACAUUAUAUGGUAUUAAACCAACUAUUAACUCAAAUAAAUUGAAGAUAAUUCUGAAAUCUUAGAAAAUAAUAUCAUUUAAAGUGAAGAAGUUUAAAUCUUUUAAACAGUUACUGAUGAUAUACAUACAUAGAAAUUCUAUAUUGAAGAUAAUUUCACUCACAUCCAUAUUAAAGCUGUUUUUGAAGGACCAAUUGAAGAACCUAAACAAAUUUUAUUAAUGAAUAGUCCAUUAACUGUUAGUGAUCCAUAAAAAUUACCUUUAACUGUACAUUCAUUCAAAGGAGCCUCCUUUAAUGAUUAAACAUUUGUUACUUAAAUGCUCUUUGAUAGUAAUAAACCAUUCUCUAGUAAUUAUCCUAAGACAUAAUUUAUUUUUAGAAAUUAAUUUGAUGAACCUAUGCUUGUGGAUCAUAUUAUAAUUAAAAGUGAGAUCACUAAUGUUUUUAGAGGAUUUCCUAUUGGAGCUGGAUUGAUAUUUGUAUCAAAGGAAGAACAUGAGUUUAAUGAUACUUCAGAAUUUGAUAAUUUUGAUAAAUAACAAUAUGAAAAAUGGAAAUCAACUCAUUAAAGUUUACAUGCAAAUGAACCAGUAGGAUAUUUUGAAUUUGAAGCAGAUUCUAAAGAAGCUUUAUGUCAAUUAGAAGUUAUAAGACCAUGCAAAUAUAUUAUGCUUAAACCAACUAAUUUUAGAAAAACACCUCAUGAUCAUACAGCACAUUUUUAAACAAACUCUAUUGAAAUCAAAGGAUUUGCUGCUUUUGGUAAAGAAAUUCCAAAAACCUAAAGUGAACAUUCAACUGUUGGGGCAAUUUCAGACUGUCAAUUAUUAAAUGAACUAAGAAAAAGAAUUGAUUUACCUGAUAAAUUGAUUGUUUAAUGUAAAUAUUAAGGAAUGAAUGGAUAUCCAAGUAAUGGUAUUAUUGAAUUUGAUACUGUUUAUUCAGGAGAAUUGAUUAUCAAACCUCAUGAUUAUUCAUAAUACAAAUUAUUAAAAGUAACUGUGACUGGUAAAAAAUAUAAUAAUUUAUAAAUCAAUUAAUUAGAUAAUUUAAUAGAAUAAGUAUAUCAAAAAAAACCAGGUGCUUUAACUGUUCUUAAUUUAUUUAUGAAAAAAGAAUCAAAAAAAGUAUUGGAAGUUAUUAAUUUAUCUAAAUUUAUUCUUGGAAAUGUUUUAUCAUAAGAUGUUAAUGAAUAAGUUACAGAAUUCUUUAGACAACUCUAAAAACAUGAUGAAUUUCAUGAUAUCUUAUUAUAAGUUGCACAAUAGAUAUUUAAUAAGAUUGAAAAAGUAGUUUUGACAGAAAGUGGAUUAGAAUACUUUUUAGGUUUAAUCACAUAUACAGCUAAAUUUAAACCAUAAGAAAUUACAGAUAUUGCAAUGAAAUCUUUAUUGUUUGCAUUACAAAAAUUAAAAAAAAUGUAACCUAAAGAUAUGUUCUUAUUUUCAACUAAAUAUGGAGGACCUCAAGGAUAAUUUCAAAUUGAAGAAAUUGAUGAAACUUUAGUAGAAUAGAAUGGUAAUUAGAAAUCAUUAAUAUGUUAAAAAGAUCCACUUUCUUAAAUUCUAAUUAUGCAAUUAUCAAAUAAGUAAUAAAUUAGAAGAUUUGAAGUUAAUCUUUUAGGAGAAUUUGAAAUUGAAAAAUUAUCUUUAAGAUUUCAAUAAACAUCUAACUCAGUUAAAUUUAGAGUAUAAGUUUGGGUAGACAAUUUAGUAUUGGAUUAAGUUUAUGAUGAAUGGACCUUUGUAUAAUUUACUGAUUAUGUUCAUAAAUGCGCUAAUUAUCAUAAUUAUAAUUGUUUACAUAUUGGACUCAAUGGAGUUAGAGCUCGUAAAUUAUUAGUAUAAUUGACUUUGGGAAGUGAUAAUUAUUAUUCCAAAUAAGCAGCUUAAUUAUAGAUUCCAUAGAAUUACUUAACUGUCAUUCCAGAAUUCUAUGGAUCUCUUUUAAAUGCUGAAUUAAGUCCAUUAGAAAUUACAGAAGAUUUUAGAUAUAAGACUACAUUAUCAUUAGGAGAAACUCUUUACUAUGUUUAUUAAUCAGAUCAAUCAAUACUCAUGGAUUCAUAUAAUGUUUAUAAAAAGACUGAUUUGACUGAUCAUUAUAUAGUGAUGUCAACUAAAUCAUUAAGGAGAAAUGCUGAUUAUCUAGAAUAAGCAAUUUAUAAAUUACAAUCAGAAAUGCAAUUAAAAGAAAAAUGUAAAUUACAAACUAGUCAUCUUUAAAAUCUUAUAGAAUAAACCCAAUUAGAAUUUUUGAAAGUUGCACCUCCAAGAAACUAUGAAAACAAUUCCAAUUUUUUGACAGUAUUUUCAUCACUUUUAAUAAGAAUGCUUAUUGCUAUUUCUGGUAAUAUACCAGAUGCAUUAGAUUUCAUCCAUCUUAUUAUAUCAUUAGGAGAUUUUAAAGGUAUAACUGAUUUAGCUUUAUAAUUCAUUCAAAAGAAAGUUAGAAUUUAAAUCCCUGAAGAAGAAUGGAAUAAGCUGAUUAUAGAAUAAUUUACAAGUCAAAAUCCUCUAAAGAAAAAGUUAUUGAAUUAAUUGCCAAUACCUAUAUUAGAAUCAUUAUAGAAACUCAUUGAAUUAAAUGAUGAUAUUCUUUAUGAUGCAUUGGUAAUUUAACUUUAAAGACUGCCAUAAUAAAAAUAAACUGAAGAUGGAAAUCCAGAUAAUGAUAGAAUUUUAGCAUUGAUUUUUGAAUUUCUUAUCAAUGAUAAUAAAUUUAGAUUAAAUUUAUUAUAAAGUGCAUUACCUAAAUGUACUGCCCUUUAAAUAAAGAAUUCAUUAAAUCAAAAUAUUCUAACAGAAUUAUUUUCAAGAGGAAUGUCAUACCCAGAAAAAUUAAAAACUUUGUUAGAUCUUCUAUUCUCACCUAGAUAAUUAGAAAGUCGUUAUACAGAUUGGGCAGCUACACUUUUAUUGAGUGAUCAAAUUAAUAACAUUUUAUAAAUUGAGAAGGAUAGCUUAAUUUACAUAUCAAAAUAUCUUAUAUAUUUUUGUUAAAUUUACAUAAAAGAUAAUGUUGAAAAAUUAAGUAUUGAUAAUUUACUUUUAUUAUUUGAUUUUCUAACAAGAAGUGUAAAAAAAGUAAAUAAAUUAAAAACAAGAGGAAAUAAUAAAUAAUUAGCUGAUUUUGAAGACUUUUUAUAAAGAUAACAUAUUUAAAUUUGUUAUCCAGACACAAUAAAUAGACUAAUAAUUCUAUUAGAGAAAUCAGAGAAUUAUCUAAUUUGGAGUAAAGUAUUGAAAGUGAUAUUGAUGAUAACUCCUUAAUUAUAGAAUGAAUUAUAAAUUUAUCAUAGAGUUAUUCAAUCUUAUUUAGGAUGUAAAUAGAAAUUAUUGAUGAAUGAAUUACUAUAAUUCACAUUAAAUUUAGCAUAAUAACAAGUACAAUAAAAUUAGACAUGCUCUUAAAUAAUUGAAGCUUUAUUACCACAUUUAGAAUUAAAUGACAUUAAACAUAUUUUCAUUGUAUUUUCUUAAGAAGUAUAACAUAUCUAUUUAAAUAAUGUCAACUUAUUACUCAAAUAUAUAGGCAUGUAUUUACCUUUUUUAGGAGGAAAGGAUGGAAUAAUUAAUGCUGAUAGUCAAAUGAUUUAAUAAUUGGAACUCUGUUAAUCAAUGAUCUAUUUAUUAUUACAAAGUGAAUAAACUUUGAUAUAAUUAAAUGAGAAUCCAGACUUAAAUAAUUUAAUUGUAUGGUAUUGUUUAAAUUCUUAUUCUGGAAACAAUUUACAUUCAUAUACUGGAUAAUUACUAAAAUAGAUGAGUGAUUCAUUAGAUUAAUUAUUUGAAUUAUUCCCAUACAAAUAAUAUAUGUUAUUAUAACUAUUCUAAUAAUAAUAUUACAUAGAUAAUGUGAUAGUUAAGAAAUAUGAAAAUAAUUAAAUAACUUCAUAUACUGCAUUUACAUAUACAAAUUAAAUUUUGGAAGUGAUUUAAUAAUAAUUUGAUAAGUAUUUAAUUUCAGAUGAUGUUGCAUAACAAUUUUAAUCAGACAUAUAUCAUUAUUUAAUAAACUAAAUUAUAAAGGAAAAAUAGAUUACAUAAGUUUAAUUUUUAGAAGAAGAAUUUGGUAGUAAAAUGAAGGUUUUCAAUUUACCAGGUUAAAAUGUCUCCAAUUAAGAUUGGCCAUUACAUAAGAAAGGUGCAAAGAGUAGAUUAGCUCUUAUUACUUUACCAUAGGGAAUGAGAAGUGAAUAUUAAAUGGUAUUCUAAUUGGAUAAUGAAAUUGAAAUCAAAAAUAUCAGAUUGGGUAUUCAAACAUUUACUGCUGAUUUUGCUGAUAAAUAAUUAGGUACUCCUAGUAGUAUCUUAUUAGAAGUAGGAAAAUCAUUAGAAGAAUUAUAUCCAAUAGCUGAAAUGUAAUUAAUUAAUGAUGAAUAUUAUUCACAAUAUUAAGUCAAAGUAUUUUGUUAUAAUUCUCAGAUUAUGAAUAAGAAAUAACUACCUUCUGGAUAAUCUGUAAAAUUCAUAAGUUUUAGAAUGAGAUAACAAUAUGUAGAAUAAUUGGAUAUGUCAAAAGCUGUUAAAAAAUUAUGUUUGGGUAUCAGUUUUAUAUCAGUAAUUGGUUAUGCUGCAAAUUAAUAAAAAGUUGAUUUCAUUUAUACAUUAUAAGAGAAGGUUGCAAUUGAUAUUCUAUCUAAAUUUUGUAAACCUAAUUAUCAAAAGACUUUACAAUAAUUAGCCAAUGAUUCUAUUGUAUUAGAACAACUCUAAAAUAAUAUCAAUAAGUUUAUGAAUGCGCUCAAUUCUUAUUCUUUUCAAUUAAGUCCAUUAAUAUUAGCUAUUGCUAAAUAUAAUCAUUAGGUUGGAGAUUGGUUAGUAGUUAAAUUGAUGGAAUAUCCUGAAUAAUCCCAUAGUAAAUUACUAAGUUAAAUUAUAUUGGAAGGAGAACAUGUUCAUGAAAGAUUCUUGAAAUUGCACAAUCAUCUAUUUUAGAAACUAUUGGCUCUAUAGAUUAAUAAUCAUUAAUAAUAAGAUUUAUUAUGGUAUGAAAAAUUAGCCUAACAUUUCAUUGAAUCUUAUUGUAAUGUUCUUUUAUUGUAAAAUAGUAAAUUGAAAUAAAGAGAACUUACUCUAAAUAUUAGUAAGAAUGAUAUAAUUCAUUUGAUUGAAUUAUUUUAAUUAUUGCAUAAUAAACAUGCCAGACAUUUAUUAAUCAAAUUAAUAGUAACAAUCACUUAUCUCCCACAUCCUUAUUAAUAAAUUGAAGAAGUUGAAUAAAUAUUAUAGUUUACUUUAGAUAAAAGUAGAACAUAACCAUAUUUCUUUGAAGUUCUUGGACCAUUAGUUUUGGGUAAUAGAGUAAGUAUUGAUUGGAUUAUAAAUCAGUUGGAUUCAAUUUUUGGUAAAUAUGAAUUAAACUAUAUUAUCUAAUUCUUUUAUACUUUAUCAACAAAUAAGAAGAUUGCUGAUCAUCUACUCAAAUAUCUUUUACCACUCUAUAAUUAAUUAAUAGAAGAACCUACAAGUAAAUCUAUAUUGAAAUAGUUGGAUGAUAAAACUAUAGAAUUAGCAGCAAAAUUCAUAAGUUAUAUGGUAUAGAAAUAUCAUGCUAAAUUUAUAAUUGAAGCUUUAAUUAGAGAUAUUGGAAGAUUAGAAAGUAUUAAAGAUAUGAAGUUUGUAAGAUCUUUAUUAGUUCCUAUUUUAAAUAGUGAAGAUUAUGUAUUUUUGAAAAUUUAAUUUGAAGAUUAAGGUAAAUAUAUUUUGGAUCCAAAAUUUAUUGCUUAAAAAUAAAUAGAUAAUACUUAAUAAUAAGAUGAAUUAGUAUUUGAAUCAUAAUUAUUAACAAUAAAAUAAAGAGAUUAAUUAUUUACUCAUUUAAGUGAAACCUAUUGGAAUAAGGUAGCAUUUUAAAAAAAUGAUGGUGAUUCUGAUAUGUUGCCACAUUUAGAAGAUAAAUUCUUUAAUUCUACUCCUUAAAUGAUGGUUAUUAAUUAUAGAAUCAAUAAUGUAGAUAAAACUAUUAUACUAUAUCAUAAUGUAAAAUGUACAAAAACAGACAAAUUAGAUUUAACAUACAGUUGGAAUCAAGGAAAGAUGAAAGUAUUCUAUUUCAAUGAAAAUAAUUUAAUUGUUAAUGAAGAGAUUGAAAUUAAUGCUUUUAUUGAAAUAUAUGAUGAAUAAGGAACUUUAACAUUCUAAAAUAAUGAUAAAGUAUUUUUAGAAAUUGAAUAUGUACCAGGAGAACCAUCUAGAAUCAAUUUAACAUCAUUGAAUCUAAAAGAUUAGGGAACUUUAGACAAUUUAAAGAUUGAAUAUUAUAUCUCUGGUAUUAGACCUUAAAAAUAAAAGAAAACAUUACCAUCAAUUAAUAUACCAUAAGAAACUACUAGUUUACUUUUUUCUAAUUAUGAGACAAAUCAAUCAUUAUUAUAUUACAGUGUUGUUCCAGUUUACUAAUUACCAAGUUAAUUGAAAUUAUGUGAAUUGAAAUAAUUAAUUGUUUUCAAUAAAUAUGGAUUAAAAUAGGAGUGUAAUAUAUUUGAGAAUUAAUCUAAAUUGAGUGAAUUACCUACAAAUCAAUAAAACAUUAUAGUGUUAGAGAUUAAUGCAAGAGAAUUUAUAGAUAAUAUCCAACCUAAAACAUCUACAUUCACAUAUCCAUAAUAAUUAACAAUAUUCCCCUUAUUUGAAGAACUUAAUGGUGUAAAUGCUAUGUUAUCAGUUAUUAGAGAAGGAAUUGGAUAAUGGAAGAAUUAAUAAAGAGCUAAUUCUUGGUUAUAAUUUUUAAAUGAAUUAUAAUCAUUUUGUUAAUUACCUAACUUUUUUAAUUUGUUUAUGAAGAAUUAAUAAUGUGUAAAUUUAUUAUUUGAUUUAAUUGCUGGACCUCCUGAUUCAAAUAACAAUAAGAAAUUAGAAGAAGAGGAAUAGAAUGCUGUUAAAUUCAUUUAUACUACUUUAGUUAAUGUUUUCAGUGCUAGUAGUGGACCAGAAGUAAGAAUAAAGGCUUUGGAAUAGAAUUUAAUAAAAUAAAUACUAGAUAGAAUAGCUUUAGUUAGUAGAGAGACAAAACGAGAAUUUAGAAAUGUAGUUGAAGAAUAAAUAGUUUAAGAAUCACCUUAAAAAAAUAAUUUAUUGUAAAAAUCAAACAAAUAGAAAAGAGGUGUAGGAUAUGCUAGUGAUAAUACUGGAUAAAAUUAGAAAUGGAAUACAAUAGAAUAUGUAGAAAAGAAAACAUAAAAAUCAUAAUAAUUAAUUGGAUUAUUAGGUAUAGUGGAAUCAUUCUUUGAUUUCUAACAUUGGCAUCCAAAUGAAGAAUUAUUACAUAAAUUAAAGAAUACAUUAUUUGAAAGUGCAUUAUUACCAUUAUUGGAAAGUGCAUUCAGAAGUGGUUCACUUUUGGAAAUAUCAAAAGAAUUUGAUUUAUAUUGUAAGUAUUUGAAAAUAGUUUAAUCUAUGUCACAUCAUAAAGUACUAGCUAGUGUUUUCUUAAAGAUACCAGAAUAAUAUUAUCCACCUUAAACAUAAUCAUUAUUUGAAUUAUUAAGUGCAUUAGCAGAUACUUCUAGAAUAUUUAUGAAUUGUAUUUAAAAUAAUAGAAAGAAGAAUGAAGAAGAAGAACACUCUUUUGAAAUUGCCAAAAUGAUUAUAGAUACUCAUAAAAAAAUGGAAAAUUGUAUUAAUAAAAUGAAUGAUAGUGGUAGUAGUAGUAAUGAAGAAGAUGAAACAGAACAACUCAUUAAAUAAAAAGAAUUAGCUAAUGAAUUGAUAACUGAAAUUCUAUCCAAAUAAUUACCUGAAGCAUAUAGAACCUUAUUAUCAGAUUUAAGAUUCAGUUAUAUUGAUAUGAAAGUUGGUGGCAGAUAUAAACAUCAUUAUUCAGGAAAUAUUUCAACACAAAUAAAUCAAGAUAAAAUUGUAAGAUUAGCUUAAGAAUUUGCAGAUAUGUCAACAUCCUUACCUAUUGAACAUACUAAUGCAAUAUUCGUAAGAGCAGAUAAAGAACGUGUAGAUGUAAUGAAAGCACUUGUUAUGGGUGCUAAAGGUACUCCUUAUGCACAUGGUGCUUUUCUAUUUGAUAUUUAUGCUGAUGAUUCAUAUCCUAAUGCUCCCCCAAAAAUGAAUUUAUCUACUACAGGAAAUGGAAAAGUUAGAUUCAAUCCUAAUUUAUAUAGUUGUGGAAAAGUAUGUUUAUCUCUUCUAGGUACAUGGAGAGGUAAUGCUUCUGAAAAUUGGGAUCCAAAAAUUUCUACUCUUCUUUAAGUUUUAGUAUCCACUUAAGCUAUCAUUAUGAGUGAAGAAGUAUAUUUCAAUGAACCAGGCUUUGAAUAAGAAGCUAGUACAGAGGAAGGUGAAAAGAAAAAUGAAGGUUAUUCUAAUAUUGUUAGAUAUUGCAAUAUUAAAUAUGCUAUGAUAGAUUAGAUUAGAGAUCCACCAAAAGGAUUUGAAACUAUUAUUAGAAGACACUUUUAUCUUAAAAAAUAAGAAAUCUUAGAAGAAUGCAAUAAAUGGGUUGAACUUGCAGAUACAAAAGAAGCUGUAUAUACAGGAUUACUUAAUGAUCAUAAUUCUAGUUGGUGUAGUGAAUUCAAAAAGAGCAAGAAAGCUUAUCAUAAGAAAUUGUCAGAAGCUGUAAAAGAAUUAGAAGAAGAAUUGAAUAAAAUUUAACCACCUUCUGCAGCUGAUUUAGAAGGAUCUAGAGUAUUAAGGACUCACAUUAAAAAGUAACCAAAAGUUAAAAAUGUUAAAGAAGGAAUGGCUAAUUUAGAUGAAGUGGAUGUUACAUAUACAAAGAUUCAAUAGAAGGAAUUUGAAGCCAAUGAUGAAUUAGUUUUAGAUAGAUGGAGUAGAUAUAUUGGUGCAAUGGGUAUGGAUGCAGUAAAAAAGUAAUCAAAUAGCUGUGUUUUGGUAUCAGGAAUUGGAGCUUUGGGUAUUGAAGUAGCCAAAAAUAUAGUAUUAUCUGGAGUCAAAAUGUUAACCAUUCAUGAUGAAAUAAAAUGUUCUUAAUAUGAUCUUAAUGGGUAAUUCUUUAUUGAAGAAAAAGAUAUUGGUAAAAAUAGAGCUGAAGUUAGUUGGGAAAAAUUACAAUAACUCAAUUCAUAUGUUAGAGUGAAUUAUGAAACUGUAGAACUACUUAAUAUUGAUUUAACUAAAUAUAAUAUUGUAGUAGUCUGUGUUACAUAUUCAAAUGAUGUAUUAUUCAAAUUAUCAGCAUUAUGUCGUUAACAUAAAGUGAAAUUAAUUAUAAGUUCAGUGGAUGGAGUAUUUGGAAGAGUAUUUAAUGACUUUGGUUAAACUUUCAUUGUUGAAGAUAAAAAUGGUGAAUAAACUAUUGAUUAUAUAGUUAAAUCUGUUAUUGAUAAAGGAUAAAAUAAAAUGCAUUUUGAAAUUACAGGUAAACAUGAAUUUUAGGAUAAUGAUAUUGUAAUGAUUGAUAAUAUAGAAGGAAUGAUUGAUUCAAAUGGAAAUUCAAUUAAUAAAACUAUUUAAAAGGUUAAAGUAAUUAGUAAAUCAAUCUUAGAAAUAUAAUUAAGUGGAUAUUCAAAAUAUAUUAGAAAUGGAACUAUUAAAUUAGUUAAAGUACCUGUUGAAUUAUCAUUCUAAUCAUAUAAUUAAGAAUUCAUUGAUAAACCAAUUUAUGAUCCUAAUAUGUCAGAAUACGACUUUAUCAAAUUAUAAAAUACUGAACAUUUACAUAAUCUUUAUAAUAAUAAAGAAAUUUAAGAUUAAAAUUUCCAAUCCAUAUUUAAACAUUACUCAACUUUAGGAGAAUUCUCUCCUUUGUCUGCAUAUCUAGGAGGAUUUGUGUCAUAAGAAGCUAUAAAAGGAAUAACAAAUAAGUUUACUCCAGUUUAACAAUUAUUUUAUGUUGAUUGUACUGAAAUCUUACAAUAAGAGAUAUAAAAAGAUUAUAAAAUAAGUGAAAGAUCUUUAAGUAGAUUCUUGGGAACAGAAAUUGCAGAUAAAUUAGAAAAGUCUAAAAUAUUUAUGGUUGGAUGUGGUGCAAUAGGUUGUGAACUACUUAAGAAUUUUGCCAUGCUUAAUUUAGGAGUGAAAGGUUCAAUUACAAUUACUGAUCCUGAUCACAUAGAAGUUAGUAAUUUAAAUAGAUAAUUUUUAUUCAGGGAAAAACAUUUAAGAAAACCAAAGUCAUAGACUGCUGCUGCUGCUGUCAUUUAAAUGAAUCCUUAUUUGAGAGAUCACAUUAUAGCUAGACUUGAUAAAGUUCAUGAUUCAACAGAAAAUAUAUAUACAGAUUAAUUCUUUGAAGAUCAAGAUAUUAUUGCUAAUGCACUUGAUAAUGUAGCUGCUAGAAGAUAUGUAGACAAACGAUGUGUAAAUGCUCGUAAGCCAUUAUUAGAAUCUGGUACUCUUGGACCAAAAGGUCAUGUACAAUGUAUUAUUCCAUUUUAAACUGAAUCUUAUGGAAGUUCUAAUGAUCCUGUAGAAGAAGGAGAAAUUCCUUAUUGUACACUUAAAAUGUUUCCUGAAGAGACUUUCCAUUGUGUUGAGUUUGCUAAAGAUAAAUUUGGUAAACAUUUUUCAGCAAGACCAAAAUAAUUAAUAAAAAUGAUUGCAGAAGAUUAUAUUCCAAGUUUGGAAGAUAAUAAACCAUUAAGAGAAGGAAUAAAAUUAUUUAAGAAUAAACCAAAUUCAUUUGAAGAUUGUAUUAAAUGGGCAAGAGGGAAAUUCUAAAAAUAUUUCAUUAAUGAUAUUUAAUAACUUAUGUAUACAUAUCCAGAAGAUGCUAAAACAAAGGAUGGCAAUCUAUUUUGGACUAUGCCUAAACGUCCUCCCAAACCCAUUUAAUUUGAUCCAGAAAAUGAAAUUCAUCAAUAAUUUGUAUCCACCUUUGCUUUCCUCAGAGCCAAAAUGUUUGGUCUUGAGACUAAUAAAGAUUGGAGAACCAAAACAUAUAGAUAAUAAGUAGCCAAAUAAGCUAAUUUAAUAACUUUCCCAGAAUGGUAACCAAGUGAAGAAAAAAAGAAGGUAUUUAUUAAAUAUAUUAAUUUUAUAGUCUAUUUCUGAUAAAGUUAAAGAGUAAGGAUAAAAAGAAGAAGUAGAAGAGAAUGAAUCUAAUUAAACUUAAAGCACUUAAGAAGAAACUUAACUUUUAUUUAAAUAAUUUAGAUCCUUAUUACCAAUUACUUUAAUAUCAGAUGAAUUUGAAAAAGAUAAUGAUUAAAAUGGACACAUAGAUUUCAUUCAUUCUUUUGGUAAUUUAAGAGCUGCUAAUUAUAAAUUGGAACCUAUGGAUUGGCUAACUGUUAAAAUAAAAGCUGGACGUAUUGUACCUGCAUUAGCUACUACUACUGCUGUAGUUGCUGGUUUAUAGACAAUAGAAUUAAUUAAAACCUUAAAGAAUGUCUAAAUAUCAGAUAUGAAAAAUGCUUUUGUCAAUUUAGCCAUUCCUUUUGUGAAAUUGACUGAACCAGGAUUAGUACCGAAAAAGAAAAUUAAUGAAAAAGUUACUGUUACAUUAUGGGAUAUAUGGGCACAUGAAAUUACAAAAUCAACUACUUUUAGAUAAUUAUUUGAUAUUCUCAAUUAAUAAUAUGAUUUACAUCCAAGAGAUGUUUUCUUGAAGGCUUAACCUGUAUACAUGGAGAUUAUGUAUGCAAAAAAACCUGAAGAGAAAAAACACUUUUUGGAUCAACCAAUCAUAAAAAUAUUAGAAAUACAAGUAUAAUUUAUUCUUAAUUUUUAGAAAUAUGUUGAUUUAACUAUCAAUUUUACAUUAACAUAAGAGAGUUAAGAAAUUAUUAAGGGAAUACCAUAAGUCAGAUUGGUUUUGAAAUGA